CUGACGUGACUGUGAAAUAACUGUUUCAAUUCAUUCAAAAUGAUAAAACCGUUCUGUCUACGAACAAGUUUUGUAAACCAUCGCUAGUAACAGCAAUACAAAUGAGAUGAACAGCACCACGACCAUGUCAGACUACGAGCGCAUCCGUUUGGUAAUACUCGGAGGUGCAGGCGUUGGCAAAAGUUGCAUAAUAAAACGAUUUCUAACGAACACUUACAUCAGUAAAUACCGGAGCACAGUCGAGGAUUUAUACAACAGGGAAUACGACUUGGGCCACAUGACGCUCAAAGUUGACAUUCUGGAUACUGCUGGAGACAUGCAGUUUCCGGCGAUGAGGAGGCUGUGUAUAGCCACAGCCCACGCUUUUCUUUUAGUCUACGCCGUUACAUCCGCCCCGUCGUUUGAUUGCAUAAAAAAGUGUUUUGAGGAGAUUCGAGAACAAAGGGGAGACUACCAGGAAAUACCUAUCGUAGUAGCCGGUAAUAAAUUAGACUUGACUUCGACGCACAGGGAGAUUCCUAUUGAAGAUGUUUCCGAGUGGGUGUAUUGCGAAUUACCAAAGCUGAGGGUUAAAGUUCUGGAGUGCUCAGCGAAAGACGAUAUCAACAUCAGGGAGAUAUUUCGCUCGUUCCUGACUCUGUCGAAAAUAUUUCCGCGGGAUACGGAAGAAUCGAGUGGAUUGAAAAGGCGUUCGAGUGCAUACGUCUCGGCAAGCAAGGCAGGCAGAAGAACUGCAAGCCCAGCACCGGAAAAGGACAAACCGGGAACGUCGGAGGGCAAGGACACGUUAAUGAAACCACGCUCACGCUCUCUCAUUCGGAGAGCCAGCAGAAAAACUAAACAGCAGAUGCGAGAAGCACAAAAUGCGAACGACGAUUGCAACGUCUCUUAAAUUGCAUCGUUCUGUUAUAAGGAGCCAGGCAGGAUAGUUGUAACUUAAAUUUGUACCUUAAGUAUCAGUUUAGGAAUAAGUAUGUGCCGUUUCAUUUUUUUUAGA